UGGGUUAAUUCGGCCCGAUUGUCAGUCUUUGUGUGUUCGCUCUUCGAUCUUCUAGUAGCUGUGAAAAAAUUUACUAAAAACAUUUAAUUAUUAUUUAAACAGGGAACACACAUUCGAUUUGGCAAGAAUAAACGUGAAAAUUACUAGUACACACGUUUGAAAUCGCAAAUAGCUAACCAAUAUGGCUGACGUAAUGAACAUUGACAGCAUCAUAUCGCGAUUGUUGGAGGUGCGUGGGGCAAGGCCUGGAAAGAAUGUACAAUUAUCGGAGAGCGAAAUUCGCGGCCUGUGUCUUAAGUCGCGCGAGAUAUUUCUAUCGCAGCCCAUUUUGCUUGAGUUAGAGGCACCAUUAAAGAUCUGCGGUGAUAUUCACGGUCAGUAUUACGAUUUGCUGCGCCUCUUCGAAUAUGGCGGCUUUCCUCCAGAAUCCAACUACUUAUUUUUGGGAGAUUACGUUGAUCGUGGCAAGCAGUCGCUGGAAACGAUUUGCCUACUUUUGGCAUACAAGAUUAAGUACUCUGAGAACUUCUUCCUGUUGCGUGGAAAUCACGAAUGCGCCAGCAUCAAUCGCAUCUACGGAUUUUAUGACGAGUGCAAACGUCGCUAUACCAUAAAAUUAUGGAAAACAUUCACGGACUGUUUCAAUUGUUUGCCAGUUGCUGCUAUCGUUGACGAGAAAAUAUUUUGCUGCCAUGGUGGUCUCAGCCCUGAUUUGUCAUCAAUGGAGCAAAUUCGACGUAUAAUGAGACCUACCGACGUCCCUGAUCAGGGGUUGCUUUGCGAUUUGCUAUGGUCGGAUCCAGACAAGGAUACAAUGGGCUGGGGUGAAAACGAUCGUGGAGUAAGUUUCACGUUUGGCGCUGAAGUGGUUGGUAAAUUCCUGCAAAAGCAUGACUUCGAUUUGAUUUGCCGUGCACAUCAGGUGGUCGAGGAUGGGUACGAGUUCUUUGCUAAACGGCAGUUGGUCACGCUGUUUUCAGCACCCAACUAUUGCGGCGAGUUUGACAAUGCUGGCGCUAUGAUGUCUGUGGAUGACACGUUGAUGUGCUCCUUCCAGAUAUUGAAACCGGCAGAUAAACGUAAAAAAUAAGCCGAAAAAUAAUCGCUGCAAGUGCACUAAUAAAAAACAUCAACAACUACACGCUCUAAUCAUAUGUCUAAACAAAACUUCAACAGCAAACACAAGACGAAAUAUUUGUUAGAAAACUUAUUUGAAUUAAAAAAUCAAAGGAAGAGAAAGGAAAUCAACCAGAUUUAGAGAUAUGAAGCCAAGGGAAAUACAAUAAAGCAGACGAGACGAAAAAAAUUAAAAUAAUAAGUUUAAAAAAACAUAAAAUUAACAAAAAUACAUUUUCUUAAAUUUACUUAAAUGUAACAUUAUGUCCAAGUUUGUAACUUAUUAGAAACUUGCAUGAAUAAAUCAACAACAAACGGUU